AAAUAGAAAGGUCACAUGAUGACGAGAAAAAUGGCAGCCUCCAUAAUGGAGCAUGGAGAAGAUGCUUUUAGAAAACUGUUUAAGUUUUACAAGAGGAGAAAUCCUCCUCCAGACUUCAGUGAGGUCAUUAAUUUCUCCAAACCUUGUAAUGACAAGGUUUUUACCUGUAAACUUAACUCCACUCCUAUAAGUGAGGAAGAUGUUUCUAAAGCUGGUCUUCGGCCGGUUACAGACUGGAAAGCUUUUGGUUUGCAUGGAUAUCCAGGGUUUAUCUUUAUAUCCAACCCAUUCCUGCCGGGUUUUCAGCAGUACUGGGUGAAGCAGUGUUUGAAGAUCUAUCCACAGAAGCCCAACGUUUGUAACCUGGAUAUGCAUAUGUCAUCUGUGGAGACUGAAAACAUCUGGGAAAGAAGCAUAGAUCUUAUUCGGAGGAAAGGCUGUGGAAAAAGAGAGGCCAAAAGUCUGCUAGAAAAACUGCGCUGGGUGACUCUUGGUUACCACUAUGAUUGGAACUCCAAGACGUACUCCCCAGAUCACUACACUCCCUUCCCCAAGGAACUUCACUCGCUUUCUAACAGAGUGGCGGCAGCCUGUGGCUUUCCUGGAUUUAACGCAGAGGCGGGUAUUCUCAACUACUAUCGAUCUGAUUCGUCGCUUGGAAUCCACGUUGACGAAUCAGAGCUCGACCAUACCCGACCAUUGUUGUCUUUCAGUUUUGGGCAGACUUCCGUUUUCUUGUUGGGCGGGACUAAGAGAGAAGACCGUCCCACAGCCAUGUUCAUGCACAGCGGAGACAUAAUGGUGAUGUCAGGACCCAGUCGCCUACUCUAUCACGCAGUACCCUGCAUUGUCCCCUCCCCUGCUGGAAAUGUCCUGCCACCCUGCCUGGGCCCGAGACCAGAGGCAGAGGCGCAGGAUGAUGACAUCAUCCAAAGCGUGUCAGAGGAGGAUUGGGAGGUUUGCACCUGGUACCUUCAGACGUCUCGGGUAAAUAUGACCAUCCGACAAGUACUCGGUUCCGGUCUGGACUUCCCGAGUGCACAGACGUCACAUUUAUCAAGCUGUGAGAAAUCAGAGGAAGAAACUCAAAAAAAUAAGAAGAGAAAAAGCGAAUCAGGCUAUGAGCGUGACACUUAACGUAUCUGUUUUGGAUUAGAUCGAUGUUUUAUUUAUUUAAAAUGCACCUGGUAUUAAAAAUUGUACAUAUGACUGCAAAUAAAUGCAUUAUUGUGAUCUCUUCCCAA